CGUAAGUAGCUUUGACAGGUUAACAAAACCGGAAGUCGCUUGUUUUAAAAGUGAGCGGACGAAUAUGGGCUUCAGGUAAACCUCUCUGGGCCGGUAGUCUGUUCGCGUUAGCGGCAAGGAUGGUGGAAGUCUUCUCUGGUAGAACUCUGUUGAAUAAAGACGGGGAUAGUGUGGACCCCGAAGAGGCGCUGAGGAACAAAGUGGUGGGCAUUUACUUCUCGGCCGGAUGGUGCCCACCGUGUCGAGACUUUACCCCCAUCCUGUGCGACUUUUACACGGAGCUGGUGGAGGAGAGUGAGCCACCGGCCCAGUUCGAGAUCGUGUUUGUGUCCUCUGACAAGUCAACUGACGACAUGGUGGAGUAUUACCACGACAUGCACGGCGACUGGCUCGCUCUGCCGUGGACUGACGACUAUAAACAUGAGUUGAAGCAGCGCUACAAGAUCACAGCGGUGCCCAAACUGGUGAUUGUGAAGAACAACGGCGAUGUGAUCACAGACAAGGGCAGGAAGCAGAUCAGAGACCGAGGCGUGGCCUGCUUCGCCACCUGGCUGGAUGCUGCGGAGAUCUUCCAGAACUUUAAGGGCUAGAAUACAAAGGAACGGUGGCGAAAACAAAAAUGUAGCAAACUUUUAUCUUCCUGCACUUUAGACGAAGAGCCCUGAUGAUCAGGGAGCGUGACUGUUAUAUCUUCUAAUAUGUCUGCUUGCAAUUUUUAGGAGUUAUUUAAUAUACUACAUUUGUAACACUUUUCAGUCAGUGCUUGGCUUUAUAUUUGAAUAUGCACUUAAUACUCAGGAACUUUCUAAAUCACAGCAGUGACUUUCUAGUCGAGUUCAUCGCAUUAACUUGCAGAUAGAGACAGAAAAGACUGAGCUGUUAAAUCGUAAUCUAUUCUUGAUAUUCUUAUGCCUCUAUGCUUUAUAUGCAACAUUUUAAAAUGGCAAAGCAUUAAAUGCAGAGAUGCUGUCAA